AUGGAUGACGACGGCGAGAUCGACUAUUCCACCCUGAACGACGACGACUGGAAGGAGCAAGAGGCUCGCGACGAUGAAAUCAUUAAAAACAUCAAUGAGCACCUCGCAACCAGUGCUGCCUCUGAACUCCUCAGCAGAAUCGAGGCUGGCGAGGCCUUUGACCAAACCGGCAAGGCCGAAGAUGCCAUUGAUUUUGAAGACAUCGAUUUGAGUGAAGAUGAGCUUCCCGACGAAGAGCCUCCGUCGCGCGCGAAGCCUGCUGCCGAAGACACAGCUGAUGCGGCCGACGAGAACCCUCCGGAAGAGGAGGAAGAAGACCUUUUUGGCGACCGCCCCACGUCGCGCGACAGCAACCGCGACAUCGUAGCCUCUCCUCGCUCCAUCUCCGGCGAUGGUGAGGGCGAGGAGAGCGCUGAUGAACACCAAGCGCCUCGUGAGAGCCUGGCCGAGCUCAUGGCUCUCAACUUUAACCUUGACCCGCCCAACUUGGCGUCCAACCAAGACCCUAAUAUCCCCCCCCCUGCGGAGAACCUUCUGGAGGCCGUCAAGCAAGUGUAUCCGGGCUUCGAAGAGAACGCUAUCCUCAGCUGGAACCAACUGCUGCGCCCUAAGCAGGCCGAAUGGAUAUCCAAGAAACCCGCCAAGCCCCCAAAGCCCUUGGUGCCGACGAAGUUGAGUCUGGAGCUUGACGUUGACCAAGAAAAGCUUUUCCGCAUUCCUGGUCCUGCACAAGUCCCCAUCCGCCAAAAGAUCCGGGAUGCCGAGGCGCGCGGACUGAUCUGUCUCGAAGAACCCGAACCCAUCGAGCAAGCCGACCUUGAGGUCUUCAACAUUGAUGAUGACGAAGAUAGCGAAACGGUUGGAGGCUUCACACUCCGCGACAUUGCCCUGGUUUGUGAUGACUGGGAUUCGAUGAUACGCUUGGGUGACAGGCUUCCGUCGCCCCAACCUGCCCCUAUUCCCGAGCCUCGUCUUGACGACAACAUCCUCAUUAAGAAUGAGGUCGAUCCCGAUGACGAGGAUUGGGAUAGAAUGUUCCUCAGCACCAACAGCCGGGUUAUUCCCCAAAAGCGUCGUGCGCCGCCAAAAGGCCUGCCACCAAUCCCACGUUUUACUGCGCCGAACUUUGACAACUUUGAGGAGGCCACUGCCAAGCUUGGCAAGCGCGUUAUCUUGGACAUGAACGAUCCUUACCUGCUUCUUGAAGACGUCGAUUCUGAACGACAAGCCAAGCGUCGCAAGGUUCAACACAAAAUGGUGCGCAUGGCCAAUGGCCGCCUGGGUCGUGAUCUAACACAGCGCUUCAAUUUCUCCAAUGAUGCCGCAUACGAGGCGCUCAAAGAGAAUAGCCAGAGCAAGGUCCGCGCUACUCUGUACUCUAUCAAUAUCGAGCACAGCAUGACGGCACAGCGCCUCACCUAUCCGUUCUAUCGCGUGAAGCUGGCUGCUAGCGACCCCCACAGUUAUCAUCGGCCUCAGUUUCACCCCAAAAAAGAGGCCUUCCUUCCUGUCAGGUUUAAGCCGCCCGCAGUGAAGAGGAAGAAGCUUCUCAAGGGCAAGCGCAUUCCCGAGAUCUUCCAGACAUCCGCCGACCUUUCAAUGAAUGAUAACUCCACGGCCAUUCUCUUCGAGUACUGCGAGGAAAUCCCGAUUGUCCUCUCCAACCAUGGAAUGGGGCAAAAGAUCAUCAAUUAUUACCGCCGUUCAAAGGGCACCGACUCGCGGCCCGAGAAGCGAGAGCUGGGUGAGCCCUAUAUUCUCAUGCCAGAAGACCGCUCACCGUUUGCCAUGGUUGGCCAAGUUCAGCCGGGCGAGACUGUUCCGACCCUUCACAAUCAGAUGUUCCGUGCUCCCAUCUUCAAACACACCCCCAGGAAUACCGAUUUCAUCCUCGGCCGGAGCACAACUGGCAAGAACGGCUCGACCUGGUACAUUCGAAAUAUCGAUCACCUUUUCGUCGUUGGCCAAACCUUACCAUCUAUGGAAGUGCCUGGCCCUCACUCGCGUCGUGUUACCAACAUCGCAAAGAAUCGCCUCAAGAUGGUGUCGUAUCGGCUCUUGCGUCGCAGUGAUAAUGUCACCCUCAGCGAUAUUACGAAGCAUGUUGCCGAUUCAAACGAGUCCCAGAACCGCCAGAAGCUCAAGGAGUUCCUCGUCUUCCAGAAGGAUAAGAGGAACUGGGUUCUUCCGGAGGGAGAAGAGUUGAUGCCUGAGUCUGAGAUUCGCUCGCUCGUCCGCCCUGAGGACGUCUGUCUCCUGGAUGCGAUGCAGGUCGGUGCCCACGAGCUUGAGAAUGGUGGUUACGAGAUCAACGAUGCCAUGUUCAAGGACGAUGAAGCGUUUGACAAUAUUGGAGAUGAUCUUCCAGCGGAUGCCCUUGCUAACAAGAUGGCACCGUGGAGACUCACCAAGGCUUUCAUCGAUGCCAGCCAUGGCAAAGCGAUGAUCGCUGUCCAUGGACCUGGCGAUCCUACAGGCAAGGGGCUCGGCGUCAGUUAUAUCAGGACAUCAAUGAAGGGCGGAUUCUUGGAGCAGCUUCACGGCCCACUCGCCACCUCAGCCGACGCUAUUGAGCGUCAGCGCAAAGCCAACGGCGGCCACAUGUACAACGUGAAGAACCAGGACACGUUGUAUACCGAAUCUCUUCGGGACAUCUGGGAGCGACAACGUAAGAGCUUGGAAGACACAACUGAGCACGACGACAAUGAUGUCCUGGCUCAAGAGGACGAAGACGACCGAUUCAACGUGCAGAGCCAAGUGCCUGCCCAGUCCACGAAUCUUCCCGACGGUGUUAGCCAAGUCAGCCAGAGCCAAGCGAGUACCCAGAACCGGAAGAAAUUGAAGAUCAUUCGCGAGAUCAAGGACGAGAAUGGCCAGACGAGGAUAGUUACCGAGAUUGUUCACGACCCCGUUGUAAUCGCUCAAUACUUGAAGAGGCGCCGUCAAAUGGAAUUCGAGAACAUUGAUGUCUACAACGCCAAACUGACCGGUGAUCCCGAGAAGGAUGAGCUAAUUCUUGAAAAGGCCCGCAUCGAACAGGAGCGUCUUGAAAAGAACAAGGAACGGCGUAAGAAGCGAGAGAAGCAAAAGAAGCUCCAACAAAAGAUGCGCGAAGGAGGCGAUAUCUCUAUCCUCGACGAGGACUCUCCAGAACCCUCCACCGAAAAGGUUACCGGCACCACGAGGAAGUGCGCUAACUGCGGCCAAGUCGGCCAUAUUAAGACAAACAAAAAGCUCUGCCCACUUCUUAACGGCUCACGUCCCCAGAACCAGAACCCGGAUGACGCUGCUAGUUUGGGGUCGACCAAUGCUCCUGUUGCCGCCAGCUUUAUCAGCCUUAGUUAG